AUGUUUAACAAACUUAAACGAAAAGUAGUCGCUUUCUUUUAUUUUACAGCAGCAGCAGCAGCAGCAGCUGAAACAACAGCAGCUGAAACACCAGCAGCUAAAACACCAGCAACAGCAGCAGCUGAAACACCAGCAGCUGAAACACCAGCAGCUGAAACACCAACAACAGCAGCAGCUGAAACACCAGCAGCUGAAACACCAGCAGCUGAAACACCGGCAGCUGAAACACCAGCAGCUGAAACACCAGCAACACCAGCAGCUGAAACACCAGCAGCUGAAACACCAGCAGCUGAAACACCAGCAGCUAAAACACCAUCAGCUGAAACAGCAACAGCUGAAACAACAGCAGCUGAAACAUCAACAGCUGAAACACCAGCAGCUGAAACAGCAGCAGCUGAAACAGCAGCAGCUGAAACACCAGCAGCUGAAACACCAGCAGCUGAAACACCAGCAGCUGAAACACCAGCAGUUGAAACACCAGCAGCUGAAACACCAGCAGCUGAAACACCAGCAGCUGAAACACCAGCAGCUGAAACACCAGCAGCUGAAACACCAGCAGCUGAAACACCAGCAGCUGAAACACCGGCAGCUGAAACACCAGCAGCUGAAACAUCAACAGCAAAAGCAGUAGCAGCAUCAGUAGCAGAAGAAAUGGUAGUAGAAACAGAAACAAAGACAGCAUCAGUAUCAUUAUCAGUACCAGCAUCAAUAUCACCAUUAGCAGCAGUACUAAUAGCAGUAGAAACAGUAGCAAUAGUAGCAGAAACAGUGUCAGCAUCAGCAUCAGCAGAAACAGCAGUAGACGAAAUAAAACCAGCUGAAACAGAAGAAAUAGUAGCAGCAGACGAAACAGCAGCAGUAGCAGUAGAAACAGCAAAAGGGCAAACAUAA